AUGAGCUCUUAUGCAUCAAGCGGGAGAAGAAGACCUAUUACAAGAACAGAGGCUGAAGAGCGAGCACUUGAUAAAAUAUCGAGAGAAGUAAGUGUUUUUUAAAAAGGAGUGUCCCGCCUGGAAGCUAAAUGCUUCUACUAGAAGCCUUCUAGUAAAAUUCAAAAAAAUUCAUUCUCACAAAAAAUGAGAUAAUUUAAAAUAAGGAAAAUAAAAUAGAAUAAAAUAAAAGCACAAAAAACAAUAAAAAUCACAUUCACAUGAAUAAACGAUGCAAUUAAUUUCAUAUCAAACACUAUUCAACAAAUCUCAUUCUUCUUUCAAAUCCAAAUGUCAUUCUCCACCUUGAAUUCACCAUUUUCUUCAAUAUAAACUUGCAUUAUAUAAUAAUUCGAAUAUUGCGCGAUUCCAAGAUAUUUAGUGGCAUCAAUUCUUGAUUGAAUCAUUCCGAUUCCGUUUUGAUCAACUCUCACAUUUAAUCCCGACAAAUUCAAAUUGCCAAUUUCAGUUCUUCUUGACAUGACUAUCUUGAGUUUGCGAAAAGUCGCAUGCAAAUGUCCAUUUAACCAUUUUUCGAUGAAUUCGCGCAAAUUAUCUUUUGUGAGACCAUUUGGCAUCAGUGAUACUUCGAUCGCUUUUGAUUGAAAACUGACCAAUCUUUCCAAUGAUAAUUUUGUGUUAGGGAUUUUGAGAGCAAUUUCGACUUUAGAAAGCGAAGCUUCGUCAAUAAAAUGAUAUUUAAAAAUAUCGAGUUGCGAAGUGCUUUUUCCCUCAAUCUCAAAACGUUUCAAAUUGGGUAGAUUUUUCAAUGAAAUUUGUCUGACUAUUUUUGAGCGCAGUCCAUUAUCCUGAAAUUAAUUUUUUCCACGUCUUGAAUUUAUGUAGGAAAAACUCACUACAAAUAUAUGAAUUUGUUUCAAUCUUUUUCCAAUUCGCGCCAAAAAAUUAGCAAGAAUUUCGAUAACAGCCUCAUGAAUUGGUUGAAAAUGAAUCUUUCUUGAAGUCGUCGAAGUAGAAUCUUUUCCGUAUUCAAUUCUUGUUUUAAAUUUUCCGAUUUCUUGGAAUCGUAUUUCGAAACAAUAUUGUAUGGAUAAUGUGUACUUUCUUUUGGAUGCCGUCAAAACUAAAGUAUCAAAAUAUUUUUGCGAAUUUCGGAUUUCUGCAUUUAGAAAUCGACAUGUCGCACCAAUCCGCAAAAGUGUCGCCUGAUCCAUACAAUUUAAAAUAUUUGGAAAAAUUUCGAUCGGCACAUCGGAUAGAUUUUUUGGAGCCAUUUUCGAAGGAAAUUUGGAAUUGGAAGAAAAUUGAGAAAUUUUGGAAAAUGUUGAAAUUACGUUGUUGGAAAAACGUGUCCCACGCAAUUUAAUAGAUCAAGAUCGAACAUUUUUUUGGAAUAGAAAUCUAAGCAUUUCCAGAAUAUUUAAUUCGGGGUACUGUAGGUUCCCUUUUGAAAAAAUUAGAAUUCCACGAUUCUUACCAAUAUUCAAAUCAAAUCAAUAUUUUUACAGGCUGAAGCUCGAAUGAAAUUAAAGCGAGAUACUCGCGAACAAGCCAGACAAGGAAGAUAUGCACUUUUGGAGAAAAAAGUUGAAGAAGAUGCAGAAGCCUAUCGACAUGAUACAGCGGUUAGUUUUGAUUUUUGAAAUUUGGUUUGGCGUGCUCUGAUUUGAUAUAAUUGUGUGUUUUCCUUAUUUUCUAAAUCCUUAUUUAUUUAGUCGACUUCUAAUGGUAAUGGAGUGUGUGGUACGAAUGAAGAAUUGCAUGUGAGUUGAUUAAAACAGAAAGUUUGAAUAUUUCAUACAAAAUUUGGAGCAUUUUUAGGAUAAAGUGAUCGAAUUACAAGAUCGUGUUCAACAAGUCAUGUUUCUUUAUUCACAAUUAGACAAUGAAAAAUCGACACUUUUAUAUGAGGUUGAUUUAUUGAAAGAUGAACUUGAAGAAAAGGAUUCGUCGCUGAAUUUAGUGAAUCGAGAAUGUCGAGAUUUGACGAGUGAAGUGAAAUCGCUGAGAAGGACAAUUGAAGCGAUGCAUAUAACACAACAACAAUUGAAACAUGAAAUUUCUCAAAGGGAUCAACUUAUUGAGGUUUGUUUGAUUUUUCAAUGGAACAUUUGUGUAGAAAAUUUAAUAAAAAAAAUAAAAAUCAUAAUCUUCAGCUGAAAUAAAAUCCAGAUUUUACUCGAAGCUUGAAGUUUUUCAAUUUUUCAUUAUAAUUUCAUAAUUUUUCAGGAGCACGGACUUUGCCUGGUUGAAGAAGACACAGAAGACGACAAUUCCGAAUCGACCAAUCAAACAGCUUCUGGAGAAAUGUGAGUUUUUUGUUUAAAAAAUACAUUUUUUCAACUUUUGAAAAAAUUUGGCUCCAUCUAUUCAUAAGAGUCCCAUUUUUAAAAAAAAAUCAAGAUCCCCAUUUUCUCCCAAUGUCUUCUUCUUUUUUCUACCAAUCUUAUUUUCUUUCUUUUUAUUCUUACUCCUCACACAAAAGUUUCAUUUCAUUAAGCUUAAUCAAAUGUGUGAGUGAGUACGUCUCCCUUUUUUUUGAAGACGAUGACGAAUAGAAAAAAUAUAUGCAGUCAGUCAGUCAGUCAACAAUGAAAAUGUAAAAAUAGAUGAAAAUCAUAAUGAAAAUGACAAAAUUAGGUUGAAAAUGAAAGAGUGGGUGGAAUUUGUGAUGAUUUUUUCUCUAAAUUUAAUUUUAUUUUCUGCCAAGUUUUUGAUCCCUCUGAAAAAACCAAAAGUCGACAAACGACGCGUUUUAAAAGCGUUUAAUUAACUUAAUUAUUUUCUUUAGGAGAGAUUUCUUUUUGCAAGUUUUGUUUGUUUUUAUCUCUCCCUCUUUCUUUUCUGCUUUUGCAAAUCGAGAAAAAAAGAACUACGGUAUUCAGAAAUCACUUUGCAAGAAAAUCUAAGAAGAUAAAAGGAAAAAGCUCCUAGUCAUUUCGGGUUUCUAGGCUCAGUCACUUCACAGGUCACAACUAGGUUCGACUUCUUGAGUCUCACUCCUGAAGUUGAGUUCUCCUUAAGUUAAAGUCCCCCAUUUUCUUCGCGGCCCCAAUCAGUAUUUACCGAAAAAAACACUAAUUAAAGAGAACCCGAAAAAAGCGGUGGGCGAUCCAUUAGUCAAUCCCAUGGGAACAUUGAUUGACGCAAUAACAAAGUACUCCAAGUUUCUUUUUUUUUCAACAAAAAAAAGACGUUCGUCUAAUUUUUGCACAAAACUCAAUUAAUUGUUUUAGUUAGCUACAACAAAACAAAAAAAACAAAGAGAAAAGUUCAAAUUUUCAGAAGAUCUGGUCCGUAUUUGUUCAAACGAGAGACAAUUCGACUUGUUGAUCGAGUUGUUCCGGGUUCAGCGAAUUUGGAUGAGAAAAUACAGAAAUUGAUUGAUACAAAUAAGAGAAUGCGAAAAGAUUAUGAGGAAUUGGAGCAGACAAUUUAUACACAAAGACAUGCCAGAAAUAAUCGAUCUUCUGAUUCAACAAAUGUUGUUAGUAAUCAAACAGUCGAUGAUGUCAAUAGUUAGUUUUUUAUAGAUUUUUUUUGGGAGGAGAGGGGGGGGGGGUUGAAAAAACAAAAAUGAAUUAGUAAAUCAUGACAUACAUAAAAUGGGACCCAGAAUCGGGGUGAGGAGCUUUAUCGAAAAUAUUUAAAAAAAUAUAUAUGAAGGGUGUUGAACUUGGUCUAAUUUCUGCUGAUAAUUUUAUCGCUUAGAAAUGUGAACAACGGCUAUGGAUGAGGACUGAAUCGGACCAUCUUCAUAGUUCUGAAAAAAUUCUGAAACGGAUCUUAAUUGAAUAUGGUUCUAUUCAUUUCUGAAAGUCUGAUUCAGAAAAAAAAUUGUGCUCAGUUUUGAUCGGACCAGUAUUUUUUUGUUUUUAUUGAUUCAUUUUUACUUUUUCUGACGUUAUUUUAAAUCUAGUUAUAUCAAUUCUGAAAACAUGUUAGUGAUGACGUGGUAACAUUUAAAACCUGAUUUUUUCCCAGAGUUAUUUUCAACGGAAAAAUUUGGUUGAAAACAUUUUUUUUCUGAAAUAUCUUUGAGUUUUACCACGUCAUAACUCAUGUUUUGAAAUUAUGAAUUUUGUUAUAAAACAGUGGAUUAACUAUGUAAUGUUAAAAAAUCAUUAGUUUACAAAUACCCGUAACUUUUUCGGAAUUCACAGAUAUCUACUUGAAAAAGUUUAGUGAGUUGAUAUUGUUGUGUUGAGAAGCUUCUCCUCCUUGUUUUCUUUCUGUUUUCUCCCCAAUUUUUUCUCACCCCAAACUUCAUUGUUUUCUAGAAGACGCUGUUAAACAAUUAGCUGAAAUGAAGCUGAAAAUGCAAGAUUUGGAAAGAGAAAACACAAAUCAGCAAGGAAAUGUGAUACGAAUGGAAGGACAAAUGAAACGAUAUAAGGCGAAUGCGGAUUCGGCUGAAAAAGAACUUGAUGAGCUGAAAACGCAGAUGAGACAAACCAAGAAAGAGGUAAUUUUUGUUAUUUUAAAACAGGAGCGGCACAUAUGCACAAUAGCGAUUUGGCAGUUCAAUGAACAACCCAAGAUUUUAUUAUAUAAAAAUUCUGCGAUUUAAAACUCGAUCAAAAAAUACUUGCAAAAAUUAUGAUAUUUUUGCAGCUUCGCGACAAGGAAAACGCAUUAGAUGAACAGAAAGAAACAAAUAAACAUUUGCAAAGUCGGCUUGAAAAAAUGAGAAUGCAAAGAACUGCUCGACCUGUAUAA